AACUCAGAAAGGAACUAAUAACAACGAGGUAUUUAUAAUUUGUAUUAGAAAAAUCAACCAAACAAAAUAAAUGAACACAAAACAAAAGAGUAAUUAAUAGGGCCCAGUGAAUUGUAUUAUUGAGUGGAUCAAAAUAGUUUGGUAAAAUACAAAUUCCAGAAGCUUCACUCAUUAUCACUAUGGUGUCACCAUAUACACUAAAGCACUGACCUUUUUGCUGCUUCACACAAGUAGCAGAAGCAUCAAGCAAAGCAAGUAGCAGAAGCUCUCAAAGUGAACAAUGUCGAAGCUAUUUGGAGGAAAAGACCCUUUUGAUGAUCCAUUUUUCACUGAACCAUUUGGUGGUUGGUUUGGUUGGAACGACCCCUUUUAUGGACAACAAGGCUCUCCUAAGCAAAUCAGCAUUGAAGAGCUAAAUCCCGAAGGUGAUGGUGAUCAGGCUCAACAAAAUUCUGAAACAACAAGAGACUUGGUUGUUAACAACAACAAACCUCGUAAAAAAUCCAAUGGGAGCCAGAGUUUCAGCUACCGCAGAGUUGCUUAUGGUGGUUUAAAUGGCAUGUACUACACUUGCUCAGAAGGCAGAAUGAUGGGUCCUGAUGGGGUGGUUCUAGCAGAAAUGAAAGAAGAUGAUAAUAUGAUUGGGGAGUCCCUACACACAAUUUCCAAAGGGAUUCACAACAAGGGCCAUUCUGUCACAACAAAGCAUAGUUCAGAUGGGCAAGACAACACACUGCAGACUUUGCACAAUCUCAACGAAGACGAGCUUGGCGACUUUGAACAAAAUUGGAAAUCCAGUGCUGAUAAGUAUUUGCCUGGAUGGGAUAAGGGUUUCAGCUUGCUGGAGAAUCAAGGGUCCAUGAGCAGCUUGUGGGAUGAGUUUGCAAAUUGGAGGGGCUUGGGUGGGUGGGAACAUCCAGCUCUGGAGUACUAUGGAAAUGGAGGACCGGUGGUGCAAGCCGGUGAGUCAGGGGAAGAUUCUUCUAGGAGAGCCAGAAGAAGAGUCCCAGUGGAGUAGAGUGAGGCUUCCUUCGAUGGUGAAAUUAAUGGUACCACUUCUAUCAUCCUACUAGUGUAAUGUUACAUGUGUUCAACCUCUUCUAUUAUCAUAAGUUGGAGUCUCUUUUCAGUUCACGUCGAGCAUGUUUCAGUGAGAUUAUGUGUUAAAGACUUGAUAUGUGUAUAGAACUCAAGAGUAUUAAGGCUUCUUCGAGUAAGCGCGCAUGUCAGUAAUGUACUGUGUGGUAUUAUGAUAUCAAAGUGAAACUUCCAGGGCA